AUGAAUUGUUUUCCAAAUCAAAUGUUUGAAUCUUCCACCGAUGAGAUGGAUAUUGCCUUAUACAUAAAAGAUUUUGAAGUCAAAGAUCAAUCAAAUAUGUUUCAAGAUGUCAAGUUCAGUGAAGGCGUACUGAAUAACGACACUGUGGAACAGUUGGCAACGAUAGAUGAUUAUCGUAUAAUAGAUAUUAGUAAUAGUUUAUUGGGUGAUUUUCAAAAUUCCAUUGUUUCAAAUGAUGCAAUGAGUCAUUCAUUAAUGUUAGAUUUAUUCGAUAUCCCACGGCCUAUGAAUGAUGAACAAUGGCGCGAUGAUGAAUUUGAGCAAAUCUUAAUCGAUGACCUGCGCAAAGAAGAAAUAAUUAUGGCAGAGAACAAUUCUCAACUGAAUGCAAGCAAAACUCAGCAGGCAUUUGCUAUUGAAAUGAAUACUUUUCAGUCUGUAUUUGCCGAUGUUGAAAUGUUUGUCACAGAACAGCCUAAACCUGACCAACGGGCUCGCUAUGAAAGCGAUGGUCCUCGUUUUCUUCCAGAUUCAAAGAAACAUCCGAUGACGGUUGAAACCCGGAAUCUAUCAUCAGCACAGUUGGCAGACAAUGCUACAAUUGGUAUUGUUUUAACAAUGGUAACAACAACGAACAACCCAAAAAAUAAAACAUUUGUACACGCCAAUAGUAUAAAAUAUCGUACAGAUGAUGCAAUAGAGUUGGAUUGUGGAAGCGUUUUUGUUCCAUUAAGUAAAUCUGACAUAUUAAAAGGUGAAAAAACAUUUCCCCGUUUAUCAAUUAUAUGUAAAAAGUUUGAUAACUAUUCAUUCGACUUAACAUCAUUCGAUGAAGCAACUGUUGAAAGAACAACAGAAAAAUACAUAAUCACUGAUAAAGAUGAAAUGACCAAAGCGGCUAAAGGAAAACGGUUUACUUUUGACUACGAUUUGCUCUGCUACAAAAUUAUCUUUCAAUUAGCGGUGAAACAGGACAAUUUCAUCAGCAUUUUGCACAUUAAAUGUGAAACAAACAUUAUAAAUGAGCAAAAAACUGCAGCAAAAUGUAUCAAACGAAAGAUCUCAUCCGGUGAUAUACUGCCCGCAAAAAAAAAGGGCAAAGUCAAUAGGUCCGUGGGACAUCGAUAUGCUGAGAGUUUCAAUACAACGGCAUUACCAAUUGUUCGACGCUCGUUGACUCGCAAAUCUUCUCAAAAAAUAAAUCAAGCCUAA